UUUCUUUGAAGAGGGGAGAGCGGCAUCGAUUUUCAGCAUGACACCAGAAACAAUUCUCUGUAACACGCUGGAGGACUUGUGUAAGAAAGAGCGGAACAAAUUUAGACACAUACUUAGCGAUUCUGCAGCGGAGGACUACAACCAUAUUCCAAAAUCGAGGGUGGAAGAUAUAGAGCCAACAGAACUAGCAAGGGCAAUGGUGGAGUUCUAUAAAGAACAAAAUGCGCUCGAUAUUGCUGUUCUUGUUUUGAAGAAAAUGUGGAUGAAUAACAGUGCAGAGAAAUUAAAAGAGCAGAUACGUGAGCUUAAAAAUCUAAAGACCAAACCUGAUCACAUUGAGCCGCCUUCAAAGAGACAGAGACUGUCCGGUCUUGAUAGUCCGUCUACCAAGGAAGACUCUGGGGUUAAAAAACUGACAAAGCCAAAUGAAGGAAAAGACCCUCAGAGUGCUGCAGCGAACCAUAAAAAGUGGCUUAAGGAAAAAAGUGAAUUUAUAGUUGAAGAGACGGCCACAGAAAGGAAAAAUAUUCCACUCAAUGACAUCUACACCAACCUCACCAUGACAAAAGGAAAGUGGAAAGAGUUAAAUAACGAACACGAGGUUUUGAACCCUCAAAGUUCGAAACAUUCUGAGGAAACCACAGUCAACUGCUACAACAUUUUUGGUGGGAAUGAAGGAGAAAUCAGGACGGUCCUGACGAAGGGUGACUCUGGCAGUGGGAAAACUGUCUCAGUGCAGAAAUUCAUUCUUGACUGGGCAGAGGAUAAAACCACCACAGACAUAAAGUUUAUUUUCAUUCUUCCGUUCCGUAAGCUGAACCUGUUACACGAGGAACAGUGGAGCCUCCACGAACUUUUGGUUCAAUUACAUCCAGAACUCAGGGACUGGAACUCAGACUUGUAUGUAGACCAGAAAAUUCUGUUCAUAUUUGAUGGACUUGAGGAAAGUAGAAUUUCUUUGAAUUUCAGACGAGCUGCCGCUGUCAAUACUGUUGACACAAAAUCUUCCGUGGGUUCAUUAAUUAUAAACCUCAUCAAAAAGGAACUACUUCCUUCUGCUCUUAUCUGGAUAACUUCACGACCAGCAGCAGCCAAUUUGGUGCCCUUCGAGCACAUUGACCUUGUGCUGGAGAUUCAGGGUUUCAGUGACUCCCAGAAGGAGGAAUAUUUCAAGAAAAGGUUCCAAAAUGAGAAUCAGGCCAACGAAAUCAUCUCGCACAUUAAAGCAGCAAGAAGUCUUCACAUAAUGUGCCAAUUACCAGUCUUUUGUUGGAUUUUGGCUACAGUGUUUCAGGACUGGCUGACCAAAAAUUCCAAGGAAGAAAUUCCUACAACUCUUACAGAAAUGUACUCUCACUUUCUUUUCAUUCAAACAAAAACCAAGAACCGAAAGUUUGACGAGAAAACUGCAGAGUAUGAUAGGAAACUGCUGGAGAACAACAGGGAAGUGAUUCUGAAACUUGCUGAGCUGGCUUUCAAACAUCUGCUAAAGAAGAGUGUUAUGUUCUAUGAAGAAGACCUAGAAGAGUCUGGCAUCGAUGUCAAAGAAGCUUCCUUGUACUCUGGGUUCUGCACUGAAAUAUUUAGGGCAGAAUCCAUUUUUUGCACAGAAAAGGUCUAUUGCUUUGUGCAUCUCAGCUUCCAAGAGUUUUUCGCUGCCCUCUAUGUGUUCUACUGCUACCUGAACAAGAACAUGGAGGAACUCAAGACCUUUCUCCCAAAAUCCAAGUCCCCAGCUGCAGAAAUUCCCUUGGAUGUCUUAAUGAAGCACGUAGUUGCCGAAGCCUUGAAAAGUAAGAAUGGACACCUUGAUCUGUUUCUUCGUUUCCUUCAUGGUCUAACUCUGGAGUCCAGUCAAAUACUCCUGAAAGGUAUACUGACGCAAACCUAUAGCAGUCCUGAGAGCAUUCAGAAAAUUAAACAAAACCUCAAACGGGGAAAGAAAAACAUCAACCCUGCAAGGUGGCUCAAUCUGACAAACUGCCUGGUCGAAAUGAAAGAUAGCACUCUUCAGCAGGAAAUCCAGACCUUCCUCAAUUCCAAUAAAAAUUCCAAGAAGCUUUCUCUUGCCCAUUGUUCAGCAAUGGCCAACAUGUUCCAAGCCUCAGAGGAGGGGAUGGAGGAGCUGGACCUGAAGAAAUACAACACAACAGAAGAAGGCAGAAGGAGACUGGUCCCAGCUGUGAGAAACUGCAAAAAGGCAAUCCUGUCUGACUGCAAUCUUACCCUGCAGUCAUGUGAAAAUGUUGCCUCGGCUUUGCACUUGGCAAACUCGCUUCUGAGAGAGCUUGACCUCAGCUACAAUGAUCUGCAGGAUGAGGGGAUGCAGCUGCUCUGCAGUGGACUCACAGUUUCACAAUGUAAACUGAAGAAACUAUGUCUGUCCAGCUGUAAGCUCACUGCAUCAUCCUGUACAGUUCUUGCUUCUGUUCUGUGCUCACGAAACUCAUCUUUGACUAAGCUGGACCUGAGCUACAAUGAACUGCAUGGUGAAGGGAUGAAGCAGCUCUCUGCAGGUCUAAAGAGUCCACACUGUACACUGGAGAUCCUGAGACUCUUCGAUUGUAAACUCACUGGGGAAUCCUGUAAAGACAUCGCCACUGCUCUAAACACAACAGGAUCCGUCCUGAAGGAGCUGGACCUGAGCUGCAAUGAGCUGCAGAAUUCAGGAAUAAAGCAGAUCUUUGCUGGACUGAAACGUUCACGUGGAAACCUGAAUGUACUGAGACUCUGUGAAUGUGAACUCACUGGGCCGUCCUGUGAAGAUAUUGCUUCAGUUUGGCAGAAAGCAAACUCGUCCUUAAGAGAGCUAGACCUGAGCAACAAUGACCUGCAGGAUUCAGGAGCGGCUCUUCUCUCUAAAGGGUUGGAGAGUUCAAAGUGUGGUCUGGAGAUUCUGAGGUUGUCUGGCUGUUCUAUCACAAAGCUAGGCUGUUCUUCACUUGCAUCUGCUUUGCAUUCAAACCCCACCCACCUGAAAGAGCUGGACUUGAGCUACAACAACCCUGGAGAUUUGGAAAUUAAGCGGCUUGAACAUAUGAGGAAAGAUCCAGGCUAUAAACUGGGCACCCUUAAGCUGGACAACUGUGGAGAACAAAGAGUUGCACCAGGACUGAAAAAAUAUGCUUGUAAGCUGACAAUGGACCAGAAGACAGCAAACGUACAUCUUGCGUUGUCUGAUGGGAACAAGAAAAUUACGCUAGUUGAAGAAAGUCAGACAUAUCCUGAAGAUAAACUGAGGUUCAAGCAUAAAAGACAAGUGUUGUGCGAGGAGACUCUGUCUGGGCGUUGCUACUGGGAGGUGGAAUGGAUUCGGGGGGCUGUUAUCGGCGUGACCUACAAAGGAAUCAGUAGGAAGGGAUCCAGAAACGACUGCCUGUUUGGACACUCAAAAAAAUCCUGGAGUAUUAGCUGCUCUGAAGAUGGCUGCUUGGCGUGGCACAAUAACAAGAACACAAACGUAACAAAUACCACAUCCAAGAAAGUUGGAGUGUUCCUGGACUGUCCAGCCGGUACUUUGUCCUUCUACACUAUCUCCUCUGAAGAGCAUAAACCAACCCGCAUUCACACUUUCUGCUCAACUUUCACUGAAGACCUGUAUGCAGGGUUUGGACUAGAGAAAGCUGGCUCCUCUGUCUCGCUCUCUAACACUCGGGAGGAAAAUUUGGGGGCAAUGGGACAAAUUCUGCCCAGGAUAAAGAUAAAUAUCAAAAUUCCUUAAAUGACAAAUAACAAAUUUGAUUAACCUCCCAGUCCUACAAGCUGUAUGUGUGCUUUUGCACAUCUGUUUUAGCAAUGGGUGCAACAUAAUGUAGCUGAUUGCAUUUAUUGAAAAGGGCAUCCAUAAACCUUUAGACAUAUAGUGUAGAUCAGGGGUGUCCAAACGUUUUUUUUGUUGGGGUCAGAAGGAGAAAUAUAUUUGAAGUCACGGGCCACAGACUCUGUACUAAAACAAAUAAUGAAAUAUACCACUUUAAAUAAUACAUUUUUCCUGAUUAUUUCAUUUACACACCAUUUUACUUGACUUACGAUCUUUAUCUUUGACAGUGUUGUGUAAACUAAGAUUUUUCAAAUUGAUGUUUCAUUUCAUGAUGUCUCUAAAUAUUAAACUCCUUAAUUACAGCAACUUUUAGACUCUUUGCCCCAUUUUUCUGCACUAGAAAUGCGCACUCUCUCCGCUUUUAGACUCUUUGGCCCAUUUUUCUGCGCUAGAAAUGCGCACUCUCUCCACUUUUAGACUCAUUUACCCCUUUUUUCUGCGCUAGAAAUGCGCACUCUCUCUGCUUUUAGACUCAUUUACCCCGUUUUUCUGCGCUAGAAAUGCGCACCCUCUCCGCUUUUAGACUCUUUGGUCCGUUUCUGACACCUAGCAUUCAAGCUUUGAAUCUCACAUUAUAAAAACCUGCUUAACAGCGGGCCAACUUUCAUUCUAUUUCUAAAAUACCUCGCGGGCCGCUCCAAAAAAGGAAACUGGCCGCAAAUGGCCCGCGGGCCAAAGUUUGGACACCCCUGCUGUAGAUGUAUCACAGGUAAUGCCAAAGAGAAAUCAGGGUAUAGGUUACUGGGUCAGUAAUAGUCAUUAUAAUUUGAAUUAGCAUGUGAAAAAAUGGCAUUACAUGUUUGAAAUCGAGUUGAGCUUGUCGUUUGUUUUUGGUUUGUACCAUGUGCACUAAAAUGCCAAAUGUCAUGGUACAAGAACUAGUACUGUGUACCAUGACUUUUGACACAUAUCAUGGGACACAGUAUUUCUGAAUUUGCAAACACAUUAAAUAUGACUACCCCCAAUGUAAUUAUAUCUUCUAUUCAUCUGCACCGACUAUCAGGCCUUGAUUGAACUUGCUUGAACUGUAAUAAUUCACGUGGCCUUGUCAUUGCUUGGUGUUCAACUUCACUCACAAGAUAACACCUCAAAACGUAUACAGAUGUAGACAUUCCCAAGAUGUCCCCUGAAGUAAUACUUUUUGGUCAAUUUGCACCCUGCUGUCCCAUGACUUUUAGCAAGUUAGUUUGGUAUUGUUGGCAUUAUUAUUAUUUGACUAUUUGAUUGUAUCUGUUCUCAUAGCUGAUUUUGUCACCUUAAAAUUCCAAUAAAUGAUCUACUUGAAGCUUUAAA